GGAAUUAGAUUUUUUUGCGCAUUUUAUGAUUCAUACCCAGUUCUCCCAUGUGUGCUCGGCAAUAUUUCCCACAAGCCCCAGCGAGCGUUGUUGUCAUCUAGCAAAGUAUCGUACCAUUUUUUUGAGUCGAAUUUUUGUCCGAUUUUUCAUGAAAUGAAUUUGAAAAUGUUCAAAUUGUUUACAGAUAAAGGUUUUCAAGAUGUUAAUAAUGCCUGUAGUAGCGACAAAGUAAGUAUUUGGAAUACAAAUGUCUUGGUUUUAACCGCAGAAAUAUAGACUGCAAGUGGGUGUUUUUGUUAUUAUUAAAUUUAUGCUUCUAGAAAUUAAUUUGUCACAAAUUACGUUUCACGCUUCAAUUAUGAAAGUAUUAAAGAAUACUUUGUAAUAUUAUUAACUAUUAACAAUAUUAGGUUCAAGAUUAGCAGUCACCAUUUGACAAGUAGAACUGUCAGAAUUAGACAAGUAAAAUAACAAGCUUGAGUACAUAUUUAUAGCGGCACAGUUAUGGAGCUUAAUGAAUUAACAAUAGCAAGAGACAUAGGCAUAUAGUUUGGUUAACUCGUCAAGUUGCAAAAGUCUCCCUGAGUAAAAUCGUUCGGUGUUAGACAGAGUAAAAUAAUAAAGUCUGGUGUGCACAUUGCAGCUUGAUGGGUUAAAAUAUGUUCUUUAUAUCCAGUUUGAGUCGAGCCGUUAUGAAUUCUAUCUCACUAGAUAUAUAUGGACAGUCACAAGAACUUUCAAGAACGGCUCAGAAAAACGCUGUAUUACGGCAAAUAUGCUGAUGGGACAUUGCCAUCACCGAUUGUAACAGGUAAAAAAUAUAGAACCUGAGUAUUGUUGAUGGUCGUGCAGCCUUAAAAGUCAUUCUCAUACCCAGAGCCUUUCUUAUGCGCAGUCAACAGAGCGCAACGAGGGGCUCUGGCCAAAUCCAUAUCAAACUGGCAUCUGAUUGACUACAACGAAUGUUAUUGUUCUAAUACCGGAUAUAUUCUAUUACCAUGUUUUUAUGGUAUCUGGUUAUGGAUUUGGCCACAGCCCCUCGUCACACCGCGCAUAAGAAGGGCUCUGGGUACGAGAAUGCCUUAAAAGUGAGAAGAGGGUUGGGACAUUGUUAGAAUAUUUAACAUGUUGUUUAAUUACGACAGAUGUUGCUGUAAGAUUGAUCAACUCCAAAACAAGUGGCAAGAAAUCUCUUGAUAAACAUCAGGCUGCUAGAAUAACAAGGUACGCAUCAUUACAUCCACUGCAAUGGAUGACUCCAGCUGUGGACUAAAUUUUGAUCUCGGCAAGAAGAAGAAAAUCCAUCACCACAGCUAGAAAGAGCAUGUUCAAAUUAGUAAAAUUGCAAAGUUUGGCUGCGAAAUGUUGUAAAAUGAGGAAAAUAUAGCCCUACGAAAUUUGCAAAUUUUGUAUUAAUUUGUAUUAUGCAUGGGAAAAUCACCACUUUCGGCCCAAAUGUGGUGCAUUUUCUCACACGUAAUACAAAUUAAUACAAAAUUUGCAAAUUUCGUAGGGCUAUAUUUUCCUCAUUUUACAACAUUUCGCUGCCAAACUUUGCAAUUUUACUAAUUUUAACAUGCUCUUACUAGCUGUGGUGAUGGAUUUUGUUUUUCUUGCCUAGAUCAAAAUUUAGUCUAUACCUGGAAUUGUCCAUUAUACCACAAAUCUUCCACCUUCUUUGUUGCCAACCUGACUGGAAAGUUUGGAAAUUGUGCAAAUGAAAUUUUAAAAAAUAAAUCUAUAGGAAACUUCAAAAAUGCAUGUCAAAGAUCUUGGUCAUGUGAUGGGUGUUCUCGGUCGGUUCACCUUUAAAUUAUUAUUUAGACGUGCAAGAAUUUCUCCGUGUGCUCUGAUGAUGGGAAUCUUGUACACUGAAAGACUCGCUCAAAGUAACCCCAACUACCUCAAGAAAGUUUCUUCUUCAGAUUUGUUCAUGGUAUCGAUGGUGAGUUUCUUUACGAUAUUUUUAGUGGUUUAGCCUAAACCAUUAAUCCAUUGAGUGCCAGCACUCUCCCCUUGAUGAGUAAAAUUGUCUGGUGUUAGACAGAGUAAAGUAAUAAAAUAGGGCACAUUGAGGUUCAAUGCAAUGGGUUAAAACUAGCUGCAAUGCACCAUGAAAAUAACUUGUGUUCUUUUAAGCUGGUUGCUUCCAAAUAUCUGUAUGACGACGGUGAAGGUGAUGACGCAUAUAAUUAUGACUGGUGCAAAGCAGGUAUGGAAAUAUAUCUAAAAAACUUAUUCAUAAUUAAUUUAUAUUCUUUUAAUUUAUAAUCUGUGUUAUAAUCAACUAGGUAAUUAUCAUAUCCAUGACUUGAACAGACUGGAACGAGAAUUUUUGAACUCAAUUGUAAGUCAAACAAAUGACUUUUUGUUUAUUCCUUUAGCCAUUCCCAUUACUGUUUGACAUUAUAUGAAAACAUUAUUGCAAGCAAAAAUUUAUGCUGUUUGUUAAUUUUUACUAGGAAUGGAAAAUUUUUGUUAGCUGCAGGGAAUUUUUCAAUUUUGUUAAUAAAGUUGAGACAAGGUAAAAUUAAUAAGCAUCAAUAUUUUUAACAAUCUAUCAAACUUGAAUUCUCAAAAUGUAGAAAAUGGCAUUAAAAUAUUAGGACUAUAUUUCAGGGUUGCGUUAGAUCAAGGAGAAGGACGUGGUUGGUAUUCGUAUUUGGACAUGAGCACGCUUUUUGAAAAUUUGAUGUUCCAAGACUUUCUUACUAAAUAUUUGAAAAGCACGGGAAAGGUAAGAAUAUGAAACGUCUAUUGGCCAAAAUUCCGAAUGAUGGGCAUUUAUAGAGCUGGGUUUUUCUGAGUUGGGAGCAUCAUUAAGUCAUGUAAAUGUAGUGCUGAUUUUCUUUUACAAAAUAUAAAAUACAAAACUACACUAUACAUAUAAUCAAUAAUGUACCAAUACAGUACCAUGCCAUUUCUUUUUACCAUACAAUGUCCAUAACCAUUUGGUUUCCUUGGCUUGUCCAUGUGAGAAAUCAGUUGAGAUAUGCUAACAAUAUAUUUUGACCUAAAUAGAAAAAAUUUCAUCUCUUCCAGACAAUCUUGGGUUGUGCUCUGGCUUAUUCGUUGUCUAUCGCAUUGCUUCUCUCCACUCCCAUUUGCUUUUCAAGCAAAGGCCAUCAAGGCACACCUAGAAUGGAUGCCAAAUCAAUUCCGUCUCUAUCAUUUAUGGGACAAAUAGGACAUUCUGAAUACUCUCUGAAAAUCUCACAAUCCGUUAGAAAGAGGCGAACAAGAUUACAGGACGAUGUAGUGGACUUGAAAAAGGAUGAUCACUCUUCUACUUUUAAACUAAAUCAAACAAGCGAACCAACCAAUGAUAUUUAUACUGGAGACAUUUGUGGUAACUGUGGAUCGAGUAUGAUUACUUUGGACAGAAAGGGAACUUUUGUGGCAGGCCGGUUUGGUUCUGAAAUUCCUGAAUGCAUAUCGCGGGUAACUUGUCUUGCACCACUGAAUGACACGAUAGACGCUCAAAAGGUGGUCACCAGUUUCAAUCGAGUACUGUCGUUUAUCAAAUUGCCAUUUCAUAAUCGUAGUUGGUUCUAUGGUUCAGUACGGUUUCCAGUGUGGGAGAACACAUAUUCUGAUAUACUCAUAGGGUUUAGUACAUCCACUGCUGCAGCAGCUUAAUUUAACUUGUGUUUGGUUUAUUAUAGGGUUAUAGUUAGAUUUCAUUCUGCCUAACUUGAGUUUGGUUUAUUAUAGGGUAACUAGUUAGAUUUCAUUGUGUUGAAUGUAGUAUUAUUACAAAACUUCCUUUUACUUAGAUGGUUUACACUAUCAAAGUUUCUGUGAUCACAGUAGGAAUUUUGCAUGGGUAAAUUCUAAGUUUUGAAGGAUUUGUAAGAAAUGUUUGAGGGAACUGACAAAGUGUUUAACACUGCAUCAGUUCUACUCAAACAUUUCUUACAAAUCCUUCAAAACUUAGAAUUUACCGAUGCAAAAUUCCUACUGUGAUCACAGAAACUUUGAUAGUGUACACCAGCCUUUAUGAGCCCAAAAUUGUGUGAAGUAAAGGUACCGAAAGUGAAGAAACGACCUCUAUUUACAAUUUAUUGUGCAAUUUACAGAAAUACAAUUUUAUGUUACAAAGGUUUUUAAACAUAUACAGUAGUGGCGAUUGCAUUGGAUAUAAAUACUUUUUAUCUUUGUCAUUUAUAGAUAUAGUCCUAUUUUGACAACCAUACAAUAUAGUCUCUCUAUUGUUUUCGUAUUUGAGUAUAAUACUUCAAUUUCAUGGAAUUUCAUUGCUCUCUGAUGUUGGUAUCUAAAAAAGUGAAACAGCUCCAGUUUAUAUUUGUGCAAUUGUUGCAAGUUCAGAAUUACUAAAAAGUAGGAACAUUAGAAUACCUUUGUGAAGAAAAUUUUGCCAGCUUGAUGUGCAAACUCGUCCAACGACAUUGUUUUUCCAGUGUUGUGUGAGAAGCUGUCAGCGAGAGCCUGAAAUUAAAAUUUUAGAAAUAAGCAGGAUUUACAAGACUUUCAGUAAUGGAAGUUUUCCACACUUGCCUUCUUCAUUGCAAUGUCGACAUUUUGCGUACUCAAAGAAACACCAGCUUCUAAAAUACUGGAAAUAGAAAACGAACUUUAAUUAUUGGGUCUAUACUUCAUAGUCGCG